AUGCGGCAAUGUGGCGGUCACCUGCAAGUGUCUUCUCCAUUUCAAAAUAAAUCCCACCAUCUCGGCGGGAGAUAUUCGCCUUUAGGCGGCUUUUGCACUCAGCACUUCAUAAGGUCGUAUUGUUGGCGAUUUUUCAAACGGUCUUCACCUCCCACGGAAUCCCCGGAUCAUUUAGGCGAUACAAAGCCAAAGGGAUCCAGGCUUGCAUUGGGGCCACCGAUUGAGCGCCUGAUUAUCAGGUCCAGAAUGACGGCAGACACCGACUUGGCGCGGCUUGCUUCCAAAACCAUCGCUGCACUUACUUAUGGAUUUUUAGGCGUUACGGUAAUGGGCACGCUUGGAAUAGAUACGACACCCAUCAUCACUGGAAUUGGUGUUACCGGAUUUACAAUCGGGUUUGCCCUGAAAGAGAUCGCAACAAAUUUCCUUUCUGGGGUCCUUCUCAUGUUUGAGAAGCCUUUUGAGAAAGGAUGCCAUCUAAAAAUCCACGGGGGAGGAGGGGGUAUUGAGGGAACCGUGACGGCGAUUGAUCUUCGACAUGUGCAUCUGAAAUUAGAGAACAGCGAGGCUAUUGUGCUGGUCCCCUCUUCAGUGGUUUAUAAAUUUCAAUUUAGAGACCAACUUGAUAGUUUAUUGAAUGGCUAUCAAAAGGCUCCUGUGUAUCUUGAUGCUAAACGUGACAUUGCCAUAUGGCUCGUAGAUGUCUUGAAGAGUUUUCUCCGUGGUAUACAUGGAGAGACCAAAGAUACCCAGCACAUUCGAAAUCGGUCCAGUGGAGGUGGAUUCGUUCUGCCGGCUUUCCGCCAUCUCACCUUCAGCUUCAAUUUGGGWAUCAAAUUCCGGUCACUCAUUCCAAGUAGACUGAGUCUCGCUAAAUUYGUAUCGCAUGAAGAGCUUGAUAAUGCAUCGGGUAAGCCUCCUAUUCACUGGCAAACAUUCCAAAAACCCAAUUUAAGUAAAAUUUACGGCUGA